AUGAUGCGAUCCCCACAACCUUCGCAUCAUUCAACCAUGACUAUUCCGCAUUCACCUCUUUCACCUCUUACACCGGGUUCGCCUGUCUUUCCUGAUGGUUUAAUUCCUCCAGCAUGGGUUCGCAAACAUCGCGAAAUGUUACCAAGUGUCGUUGUUGGAUUUUAUGAUUUGUGGCAUCGAUCUAUGGGUGGGUCAUUAAAAGAAAAAGAUGAAUCUUUAACAUCUUCAGAACUAUUGGGGUCGAUAGAACCCAUCGAAAAAGAGAAAGAUGGAAAUUUGGCCUUGGAGAUCAAUGAAAAGAGCUUGCAAAAAGGGCUCUACGAACAUAGUUUGAAUUAUUAUCGUGAGCACGGUAAACGUGUUAAAAGAAAACGAACUAGAUUACCUUCUCCUGCUACUGCUGGUUACAUUCGUCCGUCCUCUGAUUAUCAUUCAUCAGCACCUGCUCCUUUAAGUAUUCAAGGAUGGAUGUUUCGUUACGAUUACAAAAUGGCCACCUUUGCCGAAUUUCGGCAAGAAAUAGAUGCAUCCAUACAUUAUUAUGAGUCAGCUUACACCCUUCUUGUAGACUUUUUUGCACCACAGUCAGCAAUCACGCCCGGAGCUCCUGGUUUACCAGUACGUAGUAAACGAUGGGUUGAAGCCAGGAUUUUGGCUGAUUGCAUAAAUUUAAAGUUAAACAAACACAUUGCAACUUUUAAGCGAUUGUGCAAUACUUUGGAAAUUGGUGACGAUACGUUUGAAUAUUGGUCGUGGUUAUCAAAGCAGUAUCGAGUUUUUGGUGAUGUGUUGGAAAUAGCUACCAGAUCUGGCUUUAUAAUACCCGAUCCAACUACAAUAUUUCAUACUACGUCAUCAGCAGACUAUCGAUUUGGUGGUGCAUCAAAUAGUCCUAUGGCAGGUGCUGGUGUUAAUCCGACAAUGGUUCUUCAGCACCCCGGGUUUUAUUAUCAUUUGGCUGCGCAAUGUAAUUCUGUGAGGAGAAAAAAAUUCUUGGCUGUUGAAAAGAUUAUACAAGCAAGCGGUGAUGCUUUGAAGUUUCCAUCAUCCGUCAUUGAAGCAGAAAGAAAUAUUGAUCAUUCAACACUGACAAUAGAAUUACUUACAAAGAGUUACGAACAAUUCAAAAAACAGAAGGCAGGACGUAUGACACUCUACUUGGCUUCUGAAAUUGCUGGAACCUAUUUUGAAGCAGGAAAAUACGAUAUGGCAUUAAAGUUAGUACCCUCAACAUUUGUUGCAACUCCUACGCCAUUCCAAAUUACUUUCAUAACACCAUUAGACACACCACCAUUACCUUUACAGUUUACAUAUUUACGAUUAACGUUUAACGACGCAAAUUUUAACCAUUACUUUACCCAUAACUCUAACGAUGAAUCCAAUGAUACAAAAUUACAAUGGGUAAAUUGUAAGGAAUGUCUACGAGAAGAAGUAAGCGGUGAAGGCUAUGUAUGGGUCAAGAAUGUCGAUUUGACUUUUCGUAAAGGUUCAACAAAGAUUUUUGAAGGCCUUCUUGUUCCAAAAGAGAGUGGUGAUCUCCAACUCCGAUUUGAUAUAAAUGCGUCACGAGAAGAAUCCAUGAAGCGCAAAUGGUUGCAAUUUGGAGAAAAUUCUGAUGGUGAACAAGCCAAGCUCGAUAUAAAGGUUAAUCACUCGGCACCUGCUUUAUUGGAUGAACACUAUCCAAUACAGCUCACCAUAUUAAAUUUAGAACCGGAAGAUAUCAAAGCAAUAUUGAAGGCUGAACUCAUUUCAGAUUCUCAAGAAUCCGAAGAUGUUGUUUUUGAUUCUAACCUGAAUGUGACAAACCAUUUGAAAGAUAUUGAUCUUGGUGUGAUUUCUUCAAACGAAUCUUGUGUCAAAACUAUAUACAUUAUUGGAAAAAAAUUCACAAAUAUGCGGACUCUUCGACUUACCGUAUUGUACUCAACUUCGUCUUUAAUACCUUUAACGCCAACACCAAUCCAAAAUUGGAUUGAAAAGAGUGAAGAAUUCCGAAUACCAUUUAUAGCACCUUUUUCUGUCGUUUUUAACAUUUCUCCUCAAGGGGAAGAAUUUGGUAGCAUACGAGAAACUUCUUCGUUAGAUCGAAUUGAACGGCACUUUUUGGUUGCCAAAAUCACCAGCGUUGGACCAUGGGAUAUUUGUGUGUCUGGAAUAGAUUUAAUUUUGCUAGAUCAAGCAAACGCUCAAACAAAGAUUGAGAUUAUUUCAUCUUCAGUUGAAUUAGAUAGUGAAUCUUUAGAGCAAGUUCACGUAACAGUUGAAGUCAACGAUGCUUUCGUAUUUUCGGGAUACAAACAAACAUAUUUUAUUGUAUCACCGUUAUCCCCAUAUUAUUUCAAAGCUAAUUGCUUUCCCUUAGCACCUGGAAAAGUUAAAUUACCAAGAGUAAAAAUGUUAAAAUCUGGAGAUAAUGACGCGGCAGAGCAAGAAAUUUCUAUUACUGCACCUGGAUUUAAGGAACCUGUCGAAGAUGAAUGGUAUAUGGUGUUUAUUAAACCUAAAAAAGAAAUAAAUAAGUAA